AGAGAAUCCACGGCACUGCAGCAGGACAGUUUCCUGAGAGAAUAAACAGAGGAAAAUGGAGCUAAUGAACGGAGAGAAUGUAGCUCUGAAUAAACUGGGUGACCCCGAGACCCAGACAGGUAAAACCUAUCGUUCCAUCAACAUCAACCACUAUGCCACCAAGAAGAGUGCAGCUCAGAGCAUGCUGGACGUCGCCCUACUGAUGGCCAACUCGUCCCAGCUGAAGACUGUCAUCUACGUUGGGCCUCAGUAUCGGUUCUACAUCCCUCUCCUCGUCCUGCUGUCUGUGUCCAUCACACUUCAGGUCAUCGUGGGGCUGCUGCUCGUCUUCAUUGUAAAGUACGAUCUAAACGACGUGAGGAAACACGCGAAGCUGAACUGGAUGAACAACGUCGCGACCGUCUUCGUUUUCUUCACAGUCCUCAUCAACAUCUUCAUCACGGCACUCGGAUUCGAAGGCCAACAUCUCAGGCAGUCACCGUCAACGGUGAUGUCGAUAUCAGAGCCUGUGAUAUUGCCUCUGCCGGACAACCUCAACGUGACUGGUGGCAAUUAGACCAAUCUCUGGAUUGAAACUUUGAAAACUGGAAGGUUGUGGUGUGACAGCAACCAUUUUGUGACUUCACAUGAGCUCUUUGUCCAUAUCGUGUCUAUAUCUAUAUCGUGUUCGGCCAAAGAUUCAACAUCUGGACCAAAACGUUUUAACCCUGAAUCGAUCUAGUGGAUCACACCGAGGCCUUUGUGAACCAAGAAAAGGACUUCCAAGCAAAACCUCAGCAUCAGCAACUAUCGACUACAACUCUGCCAACGACUAACAACCAAAAACCUCCUUGUAAACACUUCACAACUGCCUUAUCUUUCCUUAAACAGAUGCAAUCCAACUCUACUGCAGUGAACUGACUCGUCAUCUUUGCAGUAACGAAUCAAGCACACAAUUUGCACAUUUUUUUCCAUCAAUUUAAAUGUACUUUUUGUAAAUAUAAUACUUUUAAUACUUCCAGUUCAUGUUAUAUUGGUGGAAUUGAGCUGGUUUCUGGUUAAAAUAAAUGUAUUGUUGAUGUGUGUUGUA